AUGAAUGGUUUGCCAGCGAUUGUGCUCUUGGCCAGUGUAACCUACUGUAGCUACGCUGCAAUCCUGCCCGCAAAAUUCGAUGCAACCGUCCCGGUCCCGACCGACAAUUGCGGACUUAUCUCGAACCCUUUGAAGAUCGCCGAGCUGAAGGCCCGUCAAACUCGCUGGGCGAAAGUUAAGGCAUCCGAUCUCAAUUGUGAGCUCUGCCUUGACUUUGUUGAAAUUGCAAAGACCUAUGAGGAAUGUGACGAAGAGGCUAUCGAGCAUAAGAUGAUUGCGGGCUGCCAUGACAAAUUUAAGGAUCCGCUUGAAGCCUUUAUCUGCAGCUUGGUCUGCUACGAAAUUGGAGAAGAUAUUGUCAAAGAAACCGACAAACAAGAUCCGGUAGCCACUUGCAGCAAGUUGUUCGGCUGCAAAUAUGAC